UGUUCUUCACACGAAGCAGCUGACAAACAACCCUCAAAGAGGCUAAAAUGUGAAAAACCCGAUCUAGUAGAAUCAGAACCAAAAGGACUUACAGGUGGAAAUGGAAACCUUGCUGCAUUGGGGGAAACACCUAAAACAUCUCAUGGGGAUCCACGUUGUGAAGAUCCAGGAGACCACGAUACAGUUCAGCAGAAGGAAGGUGAAAGCGUUGCAGAGAGCAAUGGAGACCCACAGGAAAAGGAACGCGAUGGUUCUCUGAAGCCACACGCGGUGACGAGCAGUGCUCCAUCACAAGUGGACCGUGAUGAGAACCUGUACGGUUACAUCUGCAGUGAGGAGGAGAGCAGCUGUCAGAGCUUACUGUCAGACGUGUCUAGCUUGAAGGAGGGAGAUCUCCCAAAGAAGCCAAUGCAGCUUGACAACAGCGCUUUCCUGGGUGAAGACAGCAACCAGCCCAUGCCCGUGGACCGCUUCUUUGGAGAUGUUGAGCUUUUACAGGGUAUCCCAGCAGCUGCGCUCCCAGGCACAAUGAAGAGCAGGCGAGAAUUCAGAAAGCUGCAUUUCAUCGCAAAGGAAGAUGAGGAGGAGGAGGAAGAGGAUGUUGUGUAA